AUUAGAGGUGAUACUUCCCACUAUGACGCAGUUGCUAAUUCAGCAGCAUCAGGAGUUCUUUCGGCAGGUUUAAAUUCAGGAGUUCCAUGCAUAUUUGGUGUCCUGACUUGCGAUGACAUGGAUCAGGCAUUAAAUCGAGCUGGUGGUAAAUCUGGCAAUAAGGGUGCCGAGACUGCUUUGACAGCUAUUGAGAUGGCAUCUUUGUUCGAGCACCAUCUGAAGUAAUUGAAUUAUUGCUCAACAUCGGAUGUCAUCCGUAUCGUUCCCGGUUUUUUCUUCUCCUGGUUGUGGCCUGUUGUUUCAUUUUGUCAACUGCCAGAAUAUCUUUCUGUUGAGAGUUUCUGGGGAUUUCCAAAAGACAGCCACAUCAUCCCAAAGAAUAAUGAGUUAUUUGUCGAUUGCUUUGUUACACCUUGAAAAGGCCUUGGUGCUGAAACUGCCUAGACACAAGGAAAGGCUAUACUCUUGAUGUCAAGAAUCAGAAAUGAUUUUGUACUAUGUUCCCCUGUUUUUCUAUAUGAUUCGAUCUUUUGUCUGGUUA